GGAAGAAAGCUGGGUUGAUCUUGAGAGGUGAGAGGUAGGACAAGCUCAUAAGGGAGGUAUGUCAUAUGAGUCGCGGGGGUCUCCACAACGACCAGAUGCCAGCUGUGGCGAAGGCUGCCUGCCGAGUGCACACCCGGCAACCGCCAAGCCCUUUGGGUCAAAUCUACGAUUACCCUAACCCUCCAAUUCCAACAGUGUACCUUCCUUGCGUGCCAAGAGUAAUACAAAGCUAGACUUUCAUGACAUCCUCCUGCCACUGAGGCAACGACAGCACUGCUCCAUCCCCAGACAUCGCUUGCCAGGCCACAAGUUUAUCUGGAAGGCAUGUGACUGGAUAAGCUGGGAGAUUUUCACUCUCUUUGGACUUUCGUUCCCAACAUCCAGAAAACACGCCAAGAACCGACUUCGACCCCUGGUAUUUCGUCUACGCCACCGCAGCUUAUUCAUUCUACUACCAGAGUUGUCCGCAUAAAAUAUUCGGCAUUGCACUACCUGCCGGUUUUCGCUGAAUUCGGAAUCCCCUUCUCCCGCUUCUUCAAACGAUAGGAUUUAUAUUUUUGACGACUAUGCCGCCAAAGAGGGGAAAGCGGCCAUAUGCAGGCCCCAAGGCUGCUCACCUUCGAUCUACCCCCGGAGUCCAGGGCCAUGUCAGUUCCUUUUCCUCAACGACGUUUUUCCAGAGUGUUGCGCACUCAAAUGACUUUUCUUUGAAGGAUGAGGUUAGGAACACUCAGUCCCACCACCUUGACUCAGCCUGGACUUCCGGUACGGUGAAACUUCGACAAAAGCCUGUAUCGUUUGUUAGUGCUGGAUACAGCGAACCUUUAAAACUUCUUGAAGAUAUCGAGCAAGACAAAGUUCCCCCUGGCGAGGCUACAGAGAGCAAGGCCGACGACAUGGACAUCACUACCGUAGACGUCAACCUCAACGUAUCCGCGGAGGCUGUCAUAGAGAAGACGACUCUCGUUGAGCUAGAUUCAGCGGCCAAGGGCAAGAUGGUUCUUUCCAACUCGACGUCUCAAGACAACCCCUCCAGCGAGACUCCCCAAGAACAGGCACAAGACCUCUUUUUCUUUGACGUUAGCGGAGAUAAAGCUAUCCGAGACAAACACCGUGCUGUCCAUCCGCCACCCCUGGUUCCCAUUCGGAAGCCAUCAUUGGCCGAAUCUGAUUCCAGCGAGGAAGUUAUCCUCUUCAGAGGCCGUGCAGGUAACGCCAAAACAGUUCCGCAAAGCAACUUUGUGGUUCGUAACGGCGUUGCUAUCAAUACCACAACCGCCAUAACUCCGACCGGUCAUAAGACCAAACCUACAGCUGCAGAGGAAACGAGCCUGCGUGAUGAUCCCGAAGUGAUUCCUGUAGCCCGCGAAAAACGAGCAGGACGCCAGCGCAGCCGUUCAAAAGCUUCCAAGAUUCCCAAAACCGACGAAGAUGAAGAGGACGCCAUUCUGGCAGAUUAUAUCGCCAACAUGAGUGCCAACCCAGAGGAUGACUUUAUUUCAAACCAGCUACGUUCAUUCAACAACCGUCGGGAUCUUGGGGGUGACAAUUUCGCUCUCAACCUCGGCUCCGGUGACGAGAAUGACAUGCCGGUGGUUGAAGAUUUGUCAGGCGACGAACAACAAGCUGAGUCUAGUGGUUCUGGUCUUAGUGAUGCCGACGAAGAUGACGGGGAUGAGAACGAUGAGCCAGAUGAAGACGACGAUAUGGACGCCGAUAUGGAUGACGAGGAGCUUGCACGACUUCUUGCCAAGCAGGAAGAGCUUGGGUUGGGGAGCGAUGAGCUUGUUUUGAUACCCGAGUCUUUCGGAGUAAGCAAGCGAGGGGCGAAGAAGGGAGGCCAGAAAAGGGCAACAUCCUCAUCGUUCGCCAAAUCUGCGAAUGCCAGCUCCGUUGCUGAUGCAUUUGAUGAUCUGGAUCUUGCCGACUGGACUGUGCCAGUCCCCCGCAAGCGACGCUCCAAACAACCACCCAACUUCAACAUUUCGGAUUCUGAAAUCGAGGCAAAACUGAAGUUGGAUUGGUCACGCGAUCGGGAACGAAAGAAAGAGCGCAAGCUUGCCCGUGAGUCAUUACGUGGUCAGGGUCUUCUUGACAAGAACGCCAGCCCCGACGAUUUGCGCGUCAAGUAUCCAAUGGGCCUUAGACUGGAAGACUUCAAAACUGAGCUGGUGGCUUUUCUGAUCAGCUCGGAUGAGCGUCUCGAAUUCCCCCCGCUCGACAAACAUGGGCGUAUGGUCCUCCACCAGCUUGCCUUGAAAUUCAAUGUCAAGUCCCAGUCUACAGGAAAGGGCACAACACGCCGGCCGGUUCUCUACCGGAGCAAGCGGACCAUCACAUUCAAACCGCACCAGAUCACAGAAGCGACACGCCAGGUAGAUGGUGCCGCCCGCCGGGUGGGGCGCAAGUACUUCCCCCGUGCUGACGUAGCUGGUCCACGGGGCGACACUCCCCGGGAUGGAUUCAGAGGAAGUGCACAUGUGAGCGUAAAAGCCCUGGUACUUCGAGAAGGAGAGGUGGUUGGCGCCUCUGCCCCUGAGUUGGGCCAGGAAAAUAAAGGUCGCGCGAUGUUGGAGAAGAUGGGCUGGAGCAAAGGCAUGGCUUUGGGAGCCUUGGAGAACAAGGGUAUCUUGGAGCCCGUCGCUCAGGUCGUCAAGAAGUCGAAGGCUGGCCUUGGUCGUACAUGAUGUGUGUUGAG